AGUAUGCGCGCGCGACUUCAUCAACUCGAAACGCAAAAUUCAAAUUUUAGUCGCUGCGCUAAAGUCGCCGCCGCUGGAUCGUUACUUUCGAAAUACGCUGGCGAAUGUGAAGAAGCAGUAAAACCAUUUAGGUUCAAAAAAAUAAAUAAAACAAUUUUUACCAAAGUAAUAACGAAUUAAAAAAAAAUUGAAGUUAUAGUCAAGGGAGAGAGAGAGUGAGAGUAACAAAAUUUGGAUAGCUGCCAAAUAAGCCGAAUGUCAUACAUACAUACAUACAUACAUGUAAGGUGUGCGAAUAGUGAAAAAGUAGUUGCAAUACGCGUAAAUAAAAGUACUGAAAGAAAUGGAGAAACAGUAAAAAUGCAAUAAAAAUCAAAUUACAUACCUGCAACUUGGAGGUAAUAGUAGUAGUAGCUAAUAGAAAUUGCUUUUGAGCACAGGCAUGCCACGCAUUUGUUGAUGGAAUGGGUGCAGCUCAACAAGUGGCAAUAUUUACGAAAGAAGUUAAAAAAAAAACUGAAAAUUAUAUACGUACAUUUUAAUAACGGACAAUUCAAAACUGUUUAGCACUAUUUUUUAAAAGUGAAGUGCAAUUUUUAGCUUAUUCUAGCAUUUAUGCCACAAACUGGUACGCGCUUGCGUAUGAGUGUUCUCCUGGCAGUUGGCGGGACUCGGGAGCGUAUGAGUGUUGUUGGAUGCUUUUUAAGUAACUGAUUGGAAGAGGGGAAAAUUAAGAAAGUCUAUAGAUACCUACUAAAAUUUCUGUGCAAGUUUAAAAAAAUAUUUGUAAGUAAAAAUAUGAACUCGAAGGAAUUUUAUAUAAAAUAAUUUAAAAUUUCCGAAGCUAAUUAAAAAAAAAAUAACGUUUAAUUGACAAUCUGAAAGCUGUUACUGAUAUUUAUAAUACAUCCGCUGCUCCAUAACCUAAAAAAAAAACUUAAAUAUGUUGCAACAGCUGUGAACCAGAAAACUAAAAAAAAAAAAAAAUACCUACGCCCUAUUUAUGUAUAAAAAAAAUUAUUCACCUUACGGUUGUGAUUUUUUUCUGAUUUCUCAUCGCAAAUUACACAAAAAACUCUACGUGCAAACUUGCGGUGCAGCAAGCGUUUUGUUUGCAGUUUUUGGCUAGCUGUGGAAAAAAUUUCGUGACUUUCAAGCUACAAUCGUAUAGAGCGCUUCUCCAUUAAAAUGGGUCACAGUGCCACCGACACGACGACAACAAGUCCAGCAACAACUAUGGCUGUUGCAACUAUAGCGCCAAUUACGGCGAAAAGCAUUGAAGCAAGCGAGGAGACGCAAAAGAAGCCAGCAUUAAGUUGGCGCGAAAAGUUGCAGAAGGUGAUCAACAAUAUCACCGUUGAGCCCAUAUUGGCCGCGUACAUUAUGCCCAGCGUGCUGUCGGGCCUGGCAACGCAGAAUUUGAAUCUGGAAAAGGCAUGUCGUGUGAAUAUGGAUUACGGCGAAGUGGUGUGUGAUGCACUCACAAGAAGAGACACGGCAAAUUAUACGCUCGAAGAAGAAACCGUACAACAAAUGGUCGCACGCAUGGCUGCCUGGAAAACUGUGAUACAAUCUAUGUUUCCUUGUUUGCUGAUUCUUUUUUGGGGCUCAUGGAGUGAUCGACAUCAUCGACGAAAACCUUGCAUUCUCAUACCGAUUAUUGGUGAAUUUCUCGGUACUGUGGGACUAAUACUCUGCGUGUAUUUCGAGCGCACACCCAUGGAAGUGGCCGCUCUAACGGAAGCCAUAUUUCCUUCGUUGAGUGGUGGCUGGUUCACAAUGCUGAUGGGCGUCUUCAGUUAUAUAGCUGAUAUUACAACCGAAGAAGAGCGCACACUACGUAUAGGCAUAUUAAAUGUAUGCUUCUCGGUGGGCGUGCCAAUCGGCAUGGCUUUUAGUGGCGUGCUGCUGAAAAAAAUUGGCUUCUAUGGCGUUUUCUCCAUAUCAGCAAGUCUCUACUUAUUCUCUUUCAUCUAUGGUCUAUUCUUCUUGAGCGAACCGCGUGCAAAGCCGGAAAAGACUGUACCGAAGGCGGAGCGCAAGAGCUUGUUGGCGGACUUCUUCGACAAGGAUCAUGUGGUGGAGACAUUCCGCGUGGCGUUCAAGAAAGGCGAAAAUCAACGACGUCAGCGUGUCAUAAUGCUGAUGAUAGUUGUUAUGGUUGUCAUUGGACCAAUGCAUGGUGAAAUGGCUGUAUCCUAUCUCUUUACGCGCUACCGUUUCAAUUGGAGUGAAGUGGAGUUCAGUGUGUUUUCAACUUAUGCGAUGCUCACAGGCUUGGUUGGUGUACUCUUCUGCGUUGGCAUUCUGUCGCACAAGUUGAAGAUCGACGAUGCGCUUGUCGGCGUCAUCUCCAGCAUGUCCAAGAUUCUAUCCAGCUUUGUGUAUGCAUUCGCUACCGUGCCGUGGCAUAUGUAUGUUGGUGCUAUUGUGGAGAUCUUCAACGGCACCGCUUUCAUAGCGAUGCGUUCGAUCGCGACCAAGCUGGUAUGCAAGGAUGAGCUGGGAAAGGUGAACUCGCUGUUCGGCGUCGCUGAGGCGCUCAUGCCUAUGGUAUUUGCACCUAUGUACACAACUUUGUAUGCGGCUACGCUAAAAGUCCUGCCCGGCGCCUUCUUUCUGCUGGGCGGUGCGCUUACCACGCCUGCGGUGCUUAUAUUCCUAUGGAUGUACAAAUUCCAGUGCAAACAGCGACGCAAGCAAAUUGCGGGCUCCUCCGAUAAUGAGGCGGGUGGCGGUGCUAGCUCAAAAACGGAAUGUAAUGCCGCUAAAGACGCCAACGGAAAUAUCAAUGCGAUUGAGGCGAUAGCGUUGGCUGGCGAGGCAAAGGGACAGAUGAACGGCAUUUUAACGAAUGUGAUACAUGAAAAUCUGGAGCAAGCGGAACACGCGGCGGAAUGUGCGCAACGAGACAAAGAAGCGCAUGCUGCGCAUUUGGAAGCUAAUGGCGCGGACAAUAAGGCAUUUGAGGAAGAUGAAGGCGAGUUGCGGCAACGUCAGCAGACGAAAGUGUAACCCAUGGGGCGUUUGGAAAGCCGCAUGCGAAAGUA